GUGAAACGGGAAACGAUGAACACAGCAUCUCACAGCAUCAAGCUACUGGCGGUUUUCGCAAUUUGCGCAAUUGCGCUGCCCUCUGGGACUUCUGCAUUGACUAUAGAGCCCCGCAGCAGUUGGGGAGCGGCAAGUGCCCGAUCCCCCUCUAGAAUAAAUGGAGCAGUUGAAUAUGUGAUCAUUCAUCACUCGGAUAAUCCCAAUGGAUGCAGUACGUCCCAGCAAUGCCAACGUCUGAUCAAGAAUAUUCAGACGGAUCACAAGGGUCGACGUAAGUUCAGUGAUAUUGGCUACAAUUUCAUUGUCGCUGGAGAUGGCAAGGUGUACGAGGGACGUGGCUUUGGACUGCAAGGCUCGCAUGCACCCAGCUACAAUCGCAAAAGUAUUGGCAUUGUCUUUCUGGGCAACUUUGAGAGCAGCGCUCCCUCCGCCCAGAUGCUGCAGAAUGCCAAGGAUUUGAUUGAGUUGGCCAAGCAAGGUGGACACUUGAGGAGCGAUUAUACUCUGUUGGGACAUCGUCAGACCAAGGCAACCAGCUGCCCCGGCACGGCGCUCUACAACGAGAUCAAGACUUGGCCGCGCUGGAAGGAGAUUCACCUUAUCGCCUAUUUAACUAGCGUGUGUGCUAUGAUGAAUAUUAAAGUGAAGCGGCAAAUGAUGAACACAGCAUCUCACAGCUUCAAGUUUCUGGCGGUUUUCGCUGUUUGUGCUAUUGCGCUGUCCUCUGGAACUUCUGCGUUGACUAUUGAACCCCGCAGCAGUUGGGGAGCAGUUAAAGCCCGAUCCCCCUCUAGAAUAAACGGCGCAGUUGAAUAUGUGAUCAUUCAUCACACGGAAAAUCCAGAUGGAUGCAGUACGUCUGAGCAAUGCCAACGUUUGAUCAAGAACAUUCAGACGGAUCACAAGGAUCGACGCCAGUUCAGUGAUAUUGGCUACAAUUUCAUUGUCGCUGGAGAUGGCAAGGUGUACGAGGGGCGUGGCUUCGGAUUACAAGGUGCACAUGCGCCGAAAUAUAAUUACAGAAGCAUUGGCAUUGCCUUUCUGGGCAACUUUGAGAGCAGCGCUCCCUCCGCCCAGAUGCUACAGAAGGCCAAGGAUUUGAUUGAGCUGGCCCAGCAAGGUGGAUACCUGAGGAGCGACUACACUCUGUUGGGACAUCGUCAGACCAAGGCAACAGACUGUCCCGGUACAGCGCUCUACAACGAGAUUAAGACUUGGACGCACUGGAAGCAAAUUUAGAUUAAAACCCAAGAAUGCUCUACUUUUUACAAAAUAUUUCAAAAUUUGUUUAA